UUUUUCACUGUAACCAGCCUAACCUUGACCCGUGAAGACAAACACAUUGAUUUUAUUUUUGCCGGCCUCAAAACCAGCUAUAGUACGCCAUGUGAUCCAGUGGGAGGAUUUGUUUCUGUGUCAGAAUGGCUGGAUUUAAAACCUGUUUUGUCUGUAGCAGACACAGAGACUAAAUCUAUUUCGAACAUUGAGCUAGCAGUUUGGUUCUAGAUCUAGUUAUUUCCUAAGUGUUGUUUGAGAUACAGGCAGAUUUUUUUCAAAUCAAACUCUUAUCAUUGGUUAUGUAGGUCUAUAUGAAGGAGAUAAAGGAUUAUGAUCAGUAUGUAUUGUAAAAACAAAUUAAUGGACGUAUGGCAUUACUGACAAUAAAGCCUGGCAUGGAGGAACUCUUCUGUCAAGCAUUAACCCAAGAAUAUAUUUCUAACAAGAAGGCACCCAAUCCAUCUGAUACACAAUGUCUCAAUGAGUCCAAUCACAAUCAGUUCAUCCAUUUGGACCAGCUAGCUCUUGGGGGAUUACCGGAAAAGUUUCGAGACAAAGAUAUCUUAGAAUUGAUCAGAGUCUUGUCAGAACUCACAGUCCAUAUUACGUACAGCUUUAAAAUGGAUGACAAUACACUUCGCUAUUGCCAUGGAAGUGGCUUUAUUCAAAGACUCCGAAAGGAAACAUUUACCUUGUGCCCCUGCCGAGAAUGUGGACAGAAAAAUGUGAUACAGAGGUCCAAAGAAUGGUACAAGCUGACCAUCACAACAGCCAGCCCGGUGUUCAAACACUACAAUUCCAAAACUAACACUGAUGCGAGAGCAGGUUUAUUUUACGACAAUGAGUCUAGUCCGGUGAGUAAAGUUGACAUUCAAAGUUUUGAAGCUGAGGAUUUAAAUGGCGACGACAAUGACUGGGGAGUUUGUUUUGGUGUCACGCACGACCAAGCAUUGGCUACAAGGCUAACAGAUUCUAUCAUUUCUUACGAGAAACUUCAGGGGCAAGUUUAUCGACAGUAUAAAAACCAGGAGUGUACAAACGACAAACUGGUGGUCGUUGUUGGUCAUCCUCAUGGUGGCCCUAAGGUCGUGACCAUUGGCCAGCGUCAUCAAAGAAUUCCCGUCAAAUCAAUAAAAAACGGACAACUCUUGUGUCGCUACGCUUACGACGCUGUGACCUGUCCAGGGAGCAGUGGAUCGCCAGUUUACAUACUUGGUCAACCAAUCAGUGGCUUUGGUUACUGGUUUGGUCAUCCACACAACCAUGUCAAGGGAAUCGUGUCGAACCGCUCGGAAGAAUCCAACGAAUCUGAAGCGAAUGUUAGUUUCAGCACAACUGGAAUGGAAUGUGUGGACUAACUUAUGUUUGAUACCCAGUACCACAUUUGCUUUUAAUCAGUAUGUGUACAUGUACUACUGUAGUGUAUUCUAUAUACCAAUGUCCCUGUAGUUUAUGAGGAUUAGGACAGACAGGUAUCUUGUGAACAGCUUUUAUAUAACGUCAUUUCAUGCUUAUAAAAUGCUCAGAGCAUUAUGGUCUUAGCUUUUACAAUAAACAAAUGAAAGGAGGGUGGGUGUCUGGGAGAAGGUUUUCUUGAUGUAAUCACAAUUCUGCUCGUUUGAUAGGUAGACAAGCCCCUUUGAUAGGUAGACAAGCCCCUUUGAUAGGUAGCUAAGCCCCUUUGAUAGGUAGCUAAGCCCCUUUAUUAGCUAGCUAAGUCCCUAUAAUAGGUAGCUAAGCCCCUUUGAUAGGUAGACAAGCCCCCUUGAUAGGUAGACAAGUCCCUUUGAUAGGUAGCUAAGCCCCUUUCAUAGGUAGCUAAGCCCCUUUGAUAGGUAGCUAAGCCCCUUUAUUAGCUAGCUAAGUCCCUAUAAUAGGUAGCUAAGUCCCUUUGAUAGGUAGCUAAGCCCCUUUAUUAGCUAGCUAAGUCCCUAUAAUAGGUAGCUAAGCCCCUUUGAUGGGUAGCUAAGCCCCUUUGAUAGGUAGCUAAGCCCCUUUAUUAGCUAGCUAAGUCCCUAUAAUAGGUAGCUAAGCCCCUUUGAUAGGUAGACAAGCCCCCUUGAUAGGUAGACAAGUCCCUUUGAUAGGUAGCUAAGCCCCUUUCAUAGGUAGCUAAGCCCCUUUGAUAGGUAGCUAAGCCCCUUUAUUAGCUAGCUAAGUCCCUAUAAUAGGUAGCUAAGUCCCUUUGAUAGGUAGCUAAGCCCCUUUAUUAGCUAGCUAAGUCCCUAUAAUAGGUAGCUAAGCCCCUUUGAUGGGUAGCUAAGCCCCUUUGAUAGGUAGCUAAGCCCCUUUAUUAGCUAGCUAAGUCCCUAUAAUAGGUAGCUAAGCCCCUUUGAUAGGUAGCUAAGCCCCUUUGAUAGGUAGCUAAGCCCCUUUAUUAGCUAGCUAAGUCCCUAUAAUAGGUAGCUAAGCCCCUUUCAUAGGUAGCUAAGCCCCUUUGAUAGGUAGCUAAGCCCCUUUAUUAGCUAGAUAAGUCCCUAUAAUAGGUAGCUAAGCCCCUUUGAUAGGUAGCUAAGCCCCCCUGAUAUUUAACCAAGCGGUUUAGCCUCUUGGCCAUAUAUCCCACAAAUUUCAAAUAUACAAAUAAGAAUAACACCAGACUGCUCAUCGAACUAACACCAAGUGUAGUUAGUAAGCUCUGGUGCACGCUGGUAGGCCAAGCGUAGCGUAGGCGUAGUCUUAAAGCAAUAGUACGAAGAUAUGCAUGGCGAUACGUUGGAAGUCAGUGGCAUGGGAAAACUGCUCCACUUUAAGUUUUGAAUUGGGGCACAGUGCGAGGGGGGGGGAGAAACGUCACCAAAACUCAUUGUGAGAGUCUCUGCUUUGUAAAAAGUGUCAAAAUUAAACACUGAAGUUUGAAAAACUACAACUUAUUUUGUGUUUAUUUCAUUUCAAAACGUACACAACUACUAAGUUUUAUCUCAACUCACUCUGUCUUUCUGUCCGUCUGUCUAGUGCAGGGGUCGGCAACAUUUUCAGUCCAAAGAGCCGCAUGUGGCUCGCGAACCGCAGUUUGCCGACCCCGGGUCUAGUGCAUAUCUUGUACAUGUAUUUUCUCCCACUUCCCAGUCUCGGAUGAAGUAUAAACUUGCGCAAUUAUUAAAUAUCAAAGACAAUACACGAAUGAAUCGAAAAAAAAUUAUCCAAUUAGUUUCAAUUAUUAAGUAAUAACUAUUAAAGUUUGUUUUAUAUAGAAAAGGGUUGAAAUGUCCGCAACUAUUGUGCGGUUCUUUCCCUAAUAUAAGCACAAAAUACUAAUUUAAGUUAUCCAGCUUUUCUGUUAGUAGCUCUGCAUAUUAUAAGUAUGGAAGAAGUGUCAGAAGUUCGCUCUUUAACAUGGAGGAUCUUGUGGACAUUAGUUGGCAACAGGCUGCAAAGAUUGCUGGCUGGGCCUGCCUUAGAAAACGGACUACCGUGUAACUGACCUGUGUUUGAUUGACCUCUUUGUAUUUACGCAUCUUAUCCUCUUCUAUGAACACACGGUAUGCUGUUGAUAAACUAUAGCAUGCUUUGUGUGUCGUUCUUUAUAUCCUUCUGUAUGUCCAUCUGUAUGUAAUGCACAAAUUGUAAGACAAAUUUCCUUUCGGACAAAAAAAAAGAUUAUUAUUAUUAUUAUUAUUAUUAUUACACCAAACUGUCUGGCAGUAAUCUCAUCACUGCAAUAAACAGCUGGGCCGUCCCAGUGCUCCUUUACACGUUCGGUAUGAGCAAAUGGACUGACACCAACAUUGACUGACUAACUAGAAAAUUACUAACCAAAUUCGAUGGAGGACUUGGGGUGUCCUGUAUGAUUAAACUCCAAGGCCGGAUCUACAUAAUGAAACACAAGCAAUAGUUUAGGGCACCCCCCACCUUUUUUUUUUUUUUACAUAUUU